UCAAUAAAGGGGAGGGGGUAAGGAAAGGCUCUUCCAGUUCUCCCAGGACUUGGUUUACCUCUGAUACCGCUAACUUGAGAUUCAGUAUGCAGAUAUUCACAAAGCAACACUUGUUUCGGACGACUUCGUUGAACAUGAAAAUUUCCUAGGUACACAAAUCUCACAAGAGCUGUCAGAAGGCGCAGAAAAGGAAAACACUGGAGAAAAUAUCAGUAGGCCGGUGUAAUCGAAGUGCUCCCCUUUUGCUGGAACACUGCAGAGAUGCCUGAGGUCCGGGACCUUUCAGAGGCCUUGCCAGAGAUGUCUAUGGAUCCAAUCACUGGAGUUGGAGUAGUGGCUUCCAGGAACAGGGCCCCAUCUGGAUAUGAUGUGAUAUCUAUAACAACAGAUGGCCUGGAUGCAGACUUGUGGAAAGAUGGCCUUUUCAAAUCCAAGGUGACCCGUUAUCUGUGUUUCACCAGAGUUUUCUCUAAAGAAAAUAGCCAUUUAGGCAAUGUUCUCGUAGACAUGAAGCUGAUUGAUAUAAAGGACACUUUGCCAGUGGGCUUCAUCCCAAUCCAGGAGACUGUCGACACUCAGGAGCAGGCCUUCAGAAAGAGGCGGCUUUGUAUCAAGUUUAUUCCGAGAGAUUCAACAGAGGCAGCUAUCUGUGACAUCCGUAUCUUGGGACGAACCAAACAGGCCCCUCCUCAGUAUACUUUUAUUGGGGAGCUCAACAACAUGGGAAUCUGGUAUCGCAUGGGAAACGUUCCUCGUGCUCAAGACUCGACACACACACCAACAACCAACAAUGUCCAAAAUGCUAAUUCCUCCACUGUUCCAGUCUCAGCUGGUCCUAUGCCCAAGCAUAUUUCCAUGACCCUGCCAGCUAGCUUCAGAGGAAAGAACACCACCAGACCAGACUAUGAACACCAGAACUCCAAUCUGUAUGCUAUCUCAGCUAUGGAUGGAGUGCCUUUUAUGAUUUCUGAGAAGUUUGCCUGCACCUCUCCUGAUCUGCAACAGGUGGAUCUGAUGGGCAUUACUAUCAAGUCUCUAGCUGAGAUUGAAAAAGAGUAUGAUUACAGCUUCCGCACUGAGCACAGUGCAGCGGCUCGCCUCCCUCCCAGUCCAACACGAACCUCCUUGAGCUCUGAAGCCUGAUGCUCCAGUCCUUAGCAACUCCAUAGGCAAUAAAUCUCAACAUGAGAGACACUGCUACUGAAUACCUGCCCACACCAAAAAGUGAACCACCAACCUCUCUAAGAUGAAGCUGGAGCCAAGCAUGGUGCUGACUGAAAAGAAUCUCAGUCAUACACAUUACAUCCAAAACAAAGGAUGUUUUAUAAACAUGGCGAAAGGGUCCCAGAUAGUGAUGAAGAACGUCUGUUGAGCUUUUAUUAUUCUCUAAAAGCAGAUGUGCCAACUUCUAAAGUACCUGCUGCUGUGUUCUGAAUCAACGCAUCAAAAGGGAAGUUCAAGUUUUUCUGGUCUGUAUGGGAAAAUGCAUUGUCCUCUUCUUGUUACUGUUGUAUACUGGUUUGACUGUAAGUGCACUUUGUGUUCGGGACUUUUAGUGUGCUUCCUUUUUGCCUGAGAUAUCCUGUAACCACUUUCUAUAUUUUUUACAUGAGCCAACAUCUUGUGAGCCACUGUUACAGUUUGCUAACUCCUAUCAUGGCUUCCACUGCUUAGUUACCAAAACCAUUACAAAGUCUCGGCUAAAUUGGCUGAAUACUAAAUGUGGCUGACUACACAUUUAUAAAAUACAUUGCCUUCAUUAUACCUUUUUUCUUCAUUCUGUAUGGGAAAAAAUAGCAUUUUUGUUUUACUGGUUAAAUAAUUUCCUGAGUUGACUCCAACCACCCUGUGAUGUAUUUUAGUACGUCUCUAAACAGUUAAAAAGACUAUAUGUGUUUUUAAUUGUUUCUUAAAAAACAAUUGAGUUUAUGCAUAGAAAAAAAACAUGCCUUGACUUUGGAUUCAGAUUCCACCUUCUAAAGCUUAUGUUUGUUUAUAGUCCCCAAAUUUCUUACGAUAUUCUGUAAUAUUUAUAUAUGGAUCAUAUCUGAUAUUAUUAUAGGAAUUUGUAACAAUGGCAAGAGGCCAAAGGAGUUUUCAGUCACUACUCCCUUGUAACGAUUACUAACAGCAUUUAAAGGAGUAGAAUGAGUAGAUUCAUUCACUGACAGAUUUUUUUAGUUAUUUAAUGAUACAGUUUGCUGCUGAUGGAGACAUUUUAUACCUUUUUUUCAGUUGUCUGUUUAAACUUUGGAUUUUUAUGCUCAAUCUUUUAGGAGCUCACAGCCACACUGAGUUAGUUUGUGAAUAUGAGCACUGUAUUCACUGUGUUUUGAUGUAUUUCAACUCCAAGCAUAUUGGUAAUAAUCUGACAAUUUUCUAUUACUUGACUCACUCCAAAUACUUAAUAAGUGUUAAAUGUUUGGUAUUUGUAGUUUUAUCAAGUCACUAGCACAGAAUAACAAAUUUUUCUAUUGUCUGUAUAAUUUAUUAGUUUAUUGUGACUUUGUUUUCUGUUAGGCUCACUUCUGUUCAUUAGAGAAAACAAAACCUAGAAAAAAGCCAUUUGUUCUGUUGAAAUGGCUAUCAGAAUAAAAAGUAUGUGCUUGCUCUCAGUUAAGCUAUGUAUUAUUUUUUAGAUUUAGUGUUCACUUCAAAGACUGGCUAAACGGUUAACAGCUCACUUACUCUGUUUUCAAAGUGUUUGUUAGUCUGCUUGCAUGGUGACACAAUGAAGCAUCAGAAGAUUUAGAACAUGUUUUAAGGUAAUAAAAUAAGAUUUUGUUUCUCGAACAGAUUUUAUUCUUUAUGUAUAAACAAACCAACUUUAGUGAAAAUUGUGUUACAAGGAUGGUCUAUUAAACUGUGAUAAAAACAUA